AGUAGACAGAGGGAGAAGGCAGGCAGGCAGCAUCAUGGCGGACAGAGACAGUGGAAGUGAGCAGGGAGGAGCAGCCACGGGCCCGGGCGUCGGUUCCAUGCACCCAGUGACAGGAGGGGCGGGCUCGGCUUCCGGGCUGCAGCACGAGACGCAAGAGCUGGCGUCGAAACGGGUUGACAUUCAAAACAAACGUUUCUACCUGGACGUGAAGCAGAACGCAAAAGGCCGCUUCUUGAAGAUAGCCGAAGUCGGGGCCGGGGGAAACAAGAGCCGCCUCACUCUCUCCAUGUCAGUGGCAGUAGAGUUCCGCGACUACUUAGGGGACUUCAUCGAACAUUAUGCCCAAUUAGGUCCGAGCAAUCCGGACAUCGCACAGGAUGAGCCGAGGCGAGCACUUAAAAGCGAAUUCUUGGUUCGGGAGAAUCGGAAGUACUACAUGGAUCUGAAAGAGAACCAGAGAGGCCGGUUUCUGAGGAUUCGACAGACCGUGAACCGGGGGCCCGGUUUGGGAUCCACGCAAGGCCAAACGAUUGCUCUUCCUGCCCAGGGACUUAUUGAGUUUCGUGACGCUUUGGCUAAACUCAUUGACGACUACGGAGUAGAUGACGAACCUGCUGAGUUGCCCGAAGGGACCUCCUUGACAGUGGACAACAAACGCUUUUUCUUCGACGUGGGCUCCAAUAAGUACGGAGUGUUCAUGAGGGUAAGCGAGGUGAAGCCAACAUACCGCAACUCUAUCACCGUGCCCUACAAAGUGUGGUCCAAAUUUGGGAAUACGUUCUGUAAAUACGCGGAGGAGAUGAAGAAGAUCCAGGAGAAACAGCGGGAGAAAAGGGCAUGUGAGAUGCAGCAGCAAGAGGAGAUGCAUGCUGAUGAUGCGGACGAGGAUUGAUAUAGCGCAAAAACAUGCAAAAAAAAAAAAAAAAAA